AUGCAGAACCUUGUCGUCACGUGGGCCAUAGCCUUCAUACUUUUCCAGGGCAUCUUGACCGAAGGGGAAAACAUUGUAGUGAUUCCAAGCACUCUCGGUGACCUGAUCACUGGCAACGCGACCUCCGGAAAGACCAACAUUUAUAUCUACAACAUAAGCCUUGAUCAUGUGCCGAUGAUUGAUGCAUAUAUAAAUUUACAGAAGAAUGUAAGCGUGCCUUACAAGGAAUUUCAUUUGAGUGUCAACGCGUGGUCUUAUGGUGCUACGGUGUCUUGGUCGUUGCCGCUGACUCUUUUUGGCUACCCGUUUUUGUUCAGCAAAAAAUUGCUUUGUCCCGCCAAUUAUGUUUCCGACGGCCUAAAGACCACCCCUUUGUACGUUUCCAUCAGUUCAGCGUCCCCAGUUCCAAUUCCAUACAGAUUGAAGGCGACAUAUGAAAAUUACGGGUCGUUUAUUGUUCAUCCUGAUGCAGAGGUAAAGGCAAAAGUGAGUCCCACGCAUCCGACGAUAUUCCAAAUUGAUUUUGGAAAUCUUACCGCAGUGGACAUCACGUUCACUAGUCCGGAUCCGUACUGUGGCGUCGCGUUAGUGCAGAACGCGUCAUGUCCAAUUGUCACAUCGCUGGACGAGAUGAAACUUGGAGAUGCACGAAUCACAUUUACCACUGAUGCUUACCUUCAUCUUGAGAAUACAUCCUUUGCGGUCGUCUCGGACAAGUGCUAUUACAAUUUUCGGUGUCUUCGUUCCGGUGCUGGAAUCGUUGCUUUCAAUCAUUUUUCGGCUGCCCUACUCCCAUAUCUCAUUUUCGGGAUUAGCAUUGGCGCUUUUACCUGUUACCGAAUGAGAUGUGAUUUUCGAUUGUCGCUGAUCUCUGUAGAGUUUGCUUUGCUGAUGAUCUUCGAAUCUCUGAGUGCUUCCAUGUUCAGUUUCUGUCCCAAUCGUCAUACCGCCGGUUAUGGUAAUUACGGUGCUGUUUUUGUUCUGUUCUUUGGCAUGCACGCAUCUUUAGAAAAUAUGUUCAUCUUCUUGGCUUUAUCGUUCCUGAUCGCUCGCCGUACUGGUUUUUCAGUCGAGUCUCAUUCGCUGCACUACGUGCUGACUUUUUUGGCCUUCGCCGUUUUGCUGCCUACGUUUUGGUUGAGCGACAAUGCGCAAUCGCGCGUGAUUUACGCCUUUCUUCUAGUCGUUGUUCUCGUUUUCUACGGUAUGGGUAGCUGA